CAAUAAUUGAUAUAGCAAUAGCUUAUGACCAUGGAGGCGGUUCUUUCUUUCCACCAUUCUUCCUAUUUCUUUAUACUCUUUUUGUUACUGCUUCUCAAAUCUUGUUCUGCUUUUCAUCCCAAGAUUCUUAAUGCCUCCAUUAUAAGCACUUCUGCAGUAUCUAAUUCUAAUUGGUCCCCUGCUGUUGCCACCUGGUAUGGCAGCCCCAAUGGUGACGGUAGCGAAGGCGGCGCUUGUGGAUAUGGUCCAACCGUGGGGCAAGCUCCAUUCAAUUCAAUGAUAUCAGCGGGAGGCAAUUCUCUAUUUCAAUCAGGCAAUGGGUGUGGAGAAUGUUACCAGGUUAAAUGCACUGGAAAUGCAGCAUGUUCCGGCAAUCCAGUGACGGUGACUAUAACAGAUUCCUGCCCCGGUUGCUCAGAGUCUGUUCACUUUGAUUUAAGCGGUACCGCUUUUGGAGCCAUGGCUAAAUCUGGUCAAGCUGAUCAACUUCGAAACGCGGGAUUUAUCCAAAUUCAAUAUCUUAGGAUGAAAUGCAACUAUCGGGGUUGGGAAAUAAAUUUUCAUGUUGAUGCGGGUUCAAAUCCAUACUAUUUCGCGACGGUAAUAGAAUAUGAAGACGAAGGCAUUGCGGCGGUGGAUCUUCAGGAAGCUGGUGGCAAUGCAUGGGUUCCCAUGCAGCAAUCGUGGGGUGCGAUUUGGAAAUUGAAUUGGGGAACGCAAUUAAGGGCUCCUCUCUCUUUGAGGGUUAAGUCUAGUGAAUCUGGUAACACUAUUGUGGCCAGAGAUGUGAUUCCUGCGAACUGGCAACCUGGCAAAACUUAUGUGUCCAAAGUUAAUUUCAUGUCUUGAGUGAAAUGGUUCCAAAUUAUAUAUGUUUCUUAGCAGUUUUCCCAAACAGAUGAUAUUACUCCCUCAGUCUAUCUCAUAAUGUAAGACCUUUUUUUAAUAAAAAAUAAUAAUUAGAAUUUGUUCUA